AUGUCUAUCUCUAGGAUUGCUGGUGUUGUCCUCGGCUCUGCCGCACUUGUUGCUGGCCACGGCUACGUGACUGGUGCUGUUGUUGACGGUACCUACUAUGGAGGAUACCUUGUCACCCAGUACCCUUACGAGAGUUCUCCUCCCGAGACCAUUGGAUGGUCCACAACCGCUACCGACUUGGGCUUCGUCGAUGGCUCUGAAUACUCCAACGCUGAUAUUAUCUGCCACAAGAGCGCUAAGCCUGGCGCUAUCGAGGCCACAGUUGCUGCCGGCGGCGAUGUUGAGCUGCAAUGGACUGAAUGGCCUGAGAGUCACCACGGUCCCGUUAUUACCUACCUCGCCAACUGUAAUGGUGAUUGCGCUAAGGUCGACAAGACUACUCUGGAGUUCUUCAAGAUCAACGAGGGCGGUCUCGUUAGCGACAGCUCCGUCCCUGGAACUUGGGCCUCCGACCAGAUGAUUUCCAACAACAACAGCUGGUCCGUGACCAUCCCCAGCAGCAUUGUCGCCGGUAACUACGUCCUCCGUCACGAGAUCAUCGCCCUGCAUUCUGCUGGCAACGAGAACGGUGCCCAGAACUACCCUCAAUGUAUCAACCUGAAGGUCACCGGUGGCGGUAGCGCCAGCCCAUCUGGCACCCUCGGUACCAAGCUCUACACCAACACCGACCCCGGUAUCCUCGUCAACAUCUACCAGAGCCUGUCCUCUUAUACCAUCCCCGGCCCUGCUCUGUGGUCCGGCAGCUCCUCCGGUAGCUCCUCCACUACUUCCAGUGCGGCAGCCACCUCUGCUGCUUCCACCUCUGCCGCUGCUUCCACCCCUGCUGCUGCUUCCACCUCUGCCGCUGCUUAUUCCACCUCCACUGCUGCUGCUUAUUCCACCUCCACUGCUGCUGCUUCCAUCUCUACUGCUGAUGCUUACACUUCUACUGCUGCCGCGACCACAACCACCACUACCUCGGUCACCAUCACCUCCACUCCUUCUGCUCAGACCCAGGCCCAGGAUCCCACUUCCAGCUCUGCUGCCCCUACCUCCAGCAGCACCGCUAGCGUCUCUACUCCUGAUGGCAGCAGCAGUCUAACCCAAUAUUUCGACUCCCUCAGCGCUGACCAGUUCCUCAGCUUGUUGAAAGAGACCUUCUCUUGGCUGGUCACCGACAAGGUCCAUGCUCGGGAUACUUCCGCGUAA